AUGCUGGCUUCUCCACACCAGGCUAUUUGGACCAUCUCUGGACAGACCUUGCCCCGGACUGAUGUGACCGAUGCCUCAUUGUUAUGGAAGGUAGCAGCAGCCUGCUUUGCAGCUUUGCAACUGGUCGGAGUUGCUGUGGUUAGGUAUAUGAUGCUGGCUGUGGCAGUUAGCUCCCCUCCCUAUGAGUUGCGGAUCAAUGCUACAGUAUCUACUGUGACUGCAUUCGUGUUUGUUGGUGCGUCCUACGGUGUAUCAGCCCUGAUUUCCUUCGCCCAGCGCCACCGAAUGAUGUUCCUCCUCCACUCAAUAUUUAUCCCAUACUCGACAAUGAACCUGCUCGCGCUCCUGAAUAUCCUGUUCCACAUCCACGGGCGAAGCCUGCAGAUGAACACCUUGCAGAUCGUAAAUAUCUGCCUACCCACUGUUUUCUCCGUGUGUUAUGCUCUCGCUGGGAUCCUGAUAUAUCGAGAGCAUAGCCGUCACCGAGCGGAGGAAGGCACGCCGCUACUCAGUGACGAAGAGAUGCAACGGCGCCAGUUGCUUCGCUUGUUGGGGGAACGAAAUACCAGUGCGCCAUCGCCUGAGCUUGUGCGGAACACUUAUCGUUUCGAUUUACCUGGGGAUGGACAGUGCAGAAGGACUGGAAUAAUUUGA